UGUCCAUCUAAGGAUUGGGAGUAAUCAAAAUUCUCUUUUUCUUCUUCGUUUAUUUAUUAUAAAUACAAGUCAUACAUAUAUCGACACUAAACGACGUAGCCACAUAAUUCUCUGUUCUUUUUCUUAUCAAUGAUCAUCUGGAAGAGUUAUUGAAACUGCGAUUUUAAUACUGAGCAAUGUGCUUGAAAAUAUGGGUAAAAGAACUUCUUUGCGUUUGGGUCCUUUCUCUUUGUUUAGUUUGGGUUCUAAAUGGUGUUGGAGUUCAUGCAUCUUCACCUACAGACGAGUUGCAACCUUACAGGAGUGGUUUCCAUUUCCAGCCUCCCAAAAACUGGAUCAACGAUCCUAAUGGUCCAAUGUACUUCAAUGGAGUUUAUCAUCUGUUCUACCAAUACAAUCCUUAUGGUCCACUAUGGGGAAAUAUAUCAUGGGGUCAUUCCAUUUCAUAUGAUCUUGUGAACUGGUUUCUUCUUGAACCCGCUCUAACUCCAAAAGAACCAUAUGACAUUAAUGGCUGUUUAUCGGGUUCAACCACUAUCCUACCUGGGCCUCAGCCCAUAAUUCUAUACACCGGACAAGACCUAAACAAUAGUCAGGUUCAGAACCUGGCCUUCCCCAAAAACCUCUCUGACCCUCUUUUAAAAGACUGGAUAAAAUGGUCGGGUAACCCUUUUCUAACCCCAAUUGAUGACAUUAAACCCGGACAAUUUCGAGAUCCAUCAACGGCUUGGAUCGGCCCAGAUGGAAAAUGGAGGAUUGUGAUCGGAAGUGAGAUCAAUGGGCAUGGAACCGCAUUAUUGUACCAUAGUAGAAAUGGUACAAGCUGGACUCGAUCCAAAAAUCCUUUAUAUUUUUCUAGUAAAACGGGUAUGUGGGAAUGUCCCGACUUUUAUCCUGUUAGUAGUGGUGACAAAAAAGGUCUUGACACAUCUUUUGAAGGGAAUAACACAAUUCAUGUUCUCAAAGCAAGCUUCAAUAACCGAGAGUAUUAUGUAAUUGGGAAUUAUGAUCCGAUAAAAGAUCAGUUUUUUGUCAUUGGUAACGACUUCAUGGUUAGUAACACGCAGUUUCAGUAUGAUUAUGGAAGGUUUUAUGCUUCGAAAUCAUUUUAUGAUGGUGCGAAUCAGAGAAGGGUGUUAUGGGGAUGGGUUAAUGAAGGUGAUAGUCAAUCAGAUGAUGUCAAGAAAGGGUGGUCUGGCCUUCAGUCAUUUCCUAGGAGCAUUUGGCUUAGCAAUAAUCGGAAACAGUUGGUACAGUGGCCAGUGGAUGAAAUACAGAAACUACGUACAAAACGAUUUAAUAUCACAAACAGAGAACUUCCGGGUAGCGUGCUACUCAAAAUACCAAGCAUCACUGCAUCACAGGCUGAUGUUGAAGUAUCUUUUAGUUUGACGAAUUUGAGCGAAAUUGAACUGAUAGAUUCGGAAGCUAUCGAUCCCCAACUUCUUUGUUCACAAAAGAAUGCGUCUAUCAGUGGGAGGUUUGGCCCAUUCGGCUUGCUAAUUUUGGCUUCAAAGAACUUGACUGAACAAACUGCCGUUUUUUUUCGAGUUUUUAAAGGUCCUAACAAGUUCCUUGUACUAAUGUGCAGUGAUCAAAGCAGGUCUUCAAUUGCACAGGAAGUAGACAAAAGCAUCUAUGGAGCUUUCCUUGAUUUGGACCCCCUCCAUGAGAAGAUCCGACUAAGAAGUUUGAUAGACCAUUCGAUUGUUGAGAGCUUUGGUGGAAAAGGACUUUCUUGUAUCACUGCUAGAGUUUAUCCGAAGCUAGCUAUUAACGAACAAGCUGAGCUCUAUGUAUUUAACAAUGGCACGCAAAGUGUGACUAUCUCGACUUUAAAUGCGUGGAGCAUGAAAGAGGCUCAGAUAGUUCCUAUAGGCUAAUAAACAUGUUAUUUUCAAGUAUUUAUAACAUAUUUUGACACUUGUAAUACGUUCUUCAAUAAAAUCCGUUCAUAUA